GCUCCAUGGCAUUCUGCACUAACCUGAAACUGUUUCAGUCACUUUGUUUGCAAUAAGACAGGCCGUUUAGAAAAGGCAUCGCCGUUUUUCACGCGUCCUCUUUCGUCUGUCUCGGAGCGCCGAAAACCAUUUUCUGUUUGUCAUCGGUACCUUUACAGAAUUAUGAUUUUUUUUUUGGUGAACGACAACCCGGGGCUUUAGACAUAUGGAUUCUCUUUAGCGGCUGCGCUCUACUGAUUUCUUCGGACACUAUGAAGCGUUUAGUUCUAAGCCAUAUCGGCUGUUGAUAAAAAUACAUUAAGACGAGGAGGAGUCGAAACCGGCAUUCACGUUAGUGUCCUUCGUCUGGUUUUUUUUCCUCCUUUCUAAAUGAAGGACUUCCAAUUGUUGCAAAGCAGCCUCCCACCAGAUUUCAGCUGAGGACGUACUGCAACGUAUGGAAGUACUUUAAAAGAAACACAAUCGGCGUUGCGAACGACAGUAUUUUCACCAUGUGUAUUAUAAUUCUAGAACAAUAUAAGAAGGACGACACUGAGGAAUGCAUUAUUUUAGUGCACCGUUAACGUUUUCUGAAAAAGUAAAUGACCAGAUGAUGCUCAGUGCUUUUUAAGUGAAUUAUUUCCGUAGACGUUUGCAACUUUAAUGUUGACUUUUAGUCGCAGAGACAAUAAAUCCACCGAUAAUAUACAUGGAUUUCAUUGCGAGGACAUGAUUUUAAAAUCAAGUUGCCGAUGGAAAUCUGAAGUAGCAGCACGUCACGUUCAAGGGACUACAUUUUGCUCGGUGUGAAAAAUCCUAAUUUAUUGGAAAAUAACCAACUACAAGCCUCGUUUGCAAUGGACAUUUCCUUACUGGAUGGCGUGCUUGUUUGGGGCGGUUAAGGAAUGCAGACGCUGCCGUCCACCUUCUCAACCUCACCUGAGCUUUGAGCAACGUUCCUGAAUUGAUCAUUGACCCAAAUCGAGGAAGGAAAUGUUGAGGCAAAUAUUGCUGAACUCCACUGCCUCUACGGGCUUUGAUCUGACUGUCCAGACCAACGCGCCGCCCCUAAAUAUCUCGCAUGGACCCGUGAGCGUUGCGGCGCUGCUGAAGCCCACGGGCAGGGAACUGCGUGAAGGGGAGCUGAGUAAACCGGAUUUAGCCACCUACAUAGUCAUUUUCCUGCUUCUGUUUUUGCUGGUACUGUUAAUUGUGUUUUAUAUAAACUGCCAGUUGAGGGGUUCGUUCUUCGCGUCGAUGCCCUACGACAGAUCGCUAAGGGAGGCACGGAGCUCUUAUAAGUGACCUGAACUUUGGCUUCUGACGAACGGCCUGUGGACUCUCCCUAUCUGUGGAAUGUAUUUUAUUUUCUAUAUGGCGCCGGACUGCAUGCUGAAAAAACACUGGUUGAAUAUUAUUGUGUCUUUGUUCUAUCAUGGAAUAUUUGUUUACUAAUUUUACUGACUGUAUUGCUCAUCAGUUUGUAUGCCUUUUCUAUUACUAUGUAAUAAUAACAUUACUCAGUAAUAUGUAUGUCAGGGACAAAGAACUAUACGAAGGCCUAAUUAAUGGCAUUAGGAUACAACAUUGGCAGAAAUACAAUAUUACCAUAAAACAGUUUGCAAAAGACAAAGCAGUGAAAUUCCGGGUUCCAGAAAUUACCCAAGAGCUCUAUAGUUGCAUUGUUAACCCAUCCAACUUCUAGCUGCUUAACAUGGUCAGGGUUGUGGAAUGUGUUGUUAAUACUUACACUUCAUAUGUUAAUAAAAUAUUUAAGA